CGGUUCCUGGCAAGGGCCAGCCCCGGCCGUUCUCGCGUCUCUGCCGGCCCGCUGUGGGCCGCUCCGGCCGGUGCUUUGACCGGGCGCCUCCGUGCGCUCGGCCAACGGCCUUUGGGAGCGCCCACCCGAACGCCCCGGGAGCCAGCGGGCGGCGGCCCUCGCCCGAGACCCUCCAGCGGGCCCAGGGGGACAAAAGUGGCUCUAAAUCCAGCAUAGGCACCUUGAAGGACGUUAAAGGAUUUAAUAUGAACCACAGAAGCAGAUAGUGCCGAAUAGCAAGCAGCCACUGGUACACAUUUGUGAGUAAAAAUUUUGUCUUUUGCCUCUAUUUUCUUAGUCUUUAAGCCAUCUGCGUGCCAGAUCCUCAAAGUUCCCACCUUUGGGUAAAGAAUAAAGGAAGCAGUUUAGCAGUCGUAAUUACUAAUUAACCGCUUGUCCCUAAGUAACUUGUUGCAACCUCCAAGAACUGUCCUCAGCAUCUCAUUGAGUGAGGUUGGUCAAGGGUAGUAACAUAUCUCUGACAUGCAGGUUAGGAGAUACCCCAGGUAUGACUGGCCUUUAAUUACCCCAGGUAGAACGGUCUUUAAUUGUUAUUGCCCUUGAUUUACAUAUAAUACUUUUUGCUGAAAAUUCAGUAUAAUUUGGCUUUUGAAGUCAUUUCCUUUUAAAGAAACCAUUACUUCUACAUCGGUUUUUUAGGCCACGUCAAGUACAUUUACUUCUGACCUUUACAUUCUCGUCGUGAUUUCUUCAUUUGUGUUGUGCUUGUCUUAAAAAAGAAAAGGACUUUUAUUCCCCUUCAGAAUAUAACGAUUAAAGGAGUUUUAUGGCAAGAUGUUUGUUUUUAAUCUGACUGCACAUUCUUCUGUAUAUUUGAUUAGCUUUAUCCCGUUUGCAAAAUCAUAAAAUAGUGACUGUGCAUAAAACCAUCUUCUUGAUUUUUCAGACGUAGAAUAACUGUUUAGUAGAAAUGUGAAAAGUGGUUUUGUGGAUCAGGUCUUAGUAGAUCAUUUUAAGGGGAUAUUUACUUUUAUUCAUGGCUUUUUUUGUGUAAUAAAAUGAACUGUGGAAAUACUGAUCUUUAUUCUUUCUUUUUUACAGCUGGAAAAGCAGUCUUGGUGUUGUUAUGUUCACCUCCAAAAAAGUUCAGAUCUGUAGGGCGAUUGUUGCAUAAAGGAAACUGAACCACAGGGUAGCAGUAUUUUAAUAGCUGUUCUAGGUGUGUAUGUACUGUGUUGCAAAUGAGUGAAAGAACAAGCAGUGAUACACCAGUAGGAAGGUCAGUGACACUUUAUUCAGUUGAGCUGCUAUUAUAGGCUUGAGAGAUUGCGGCUUGAAAGCUGGUCGCCAUAGGCUGAUCUUUUAUGCUUUCACCAGCACUAUGUGUAUGGGGGGAGCUUUCUUCGCCAUUUCCCCGAAGCAUGGGUCCUUCUCUAAUUUAGAAGGUUAUUCCAUGCGUCGGUACUGUCUCUCCCCUUAAUGGCAUGUUAUGCUUUUUAAAAAUAUACAUGUAAAUACAGUAUUAACUGCAAAGAAAUGUGAAGCUUCUGAUUCCCCCAAAAUGAACACGUCCGUUAAGGAUUAUUACUACAGAGUCUAUAUUUGACGUUCUUUGCAUCUCGGUCACCAGGUAUACAUUUAGUAAGAGAAGUUUUAGUUUGUAUUUUGUGCUUUUUCAGGGGACUACAUCUUUUAAAAUAAAUUGAGAAUUAGCCUUAUUUACGUUAUGAAUCUGAUUUUCAUCAUUAAAAGGUUUUAUUUUUUUCAUGCAUGACAGCAAUUUCUCAUUUCAUUUUUGGAAAAUCCUAGCAGCUUUCCGUCAAAUGAUUGAUUAGGAGAUUUUAAUUUAAAUUUUCUUUCAGACAUUUUUGAAUUAUAAGCAGCAUGCAUAUCUGUGCAGAGAGAAAGAGAGGAAGUGUGUGUGUGUGUGCGUGUGUGCAUGUGUGUGUGUGUGCACGCGCAUUUGUUUUGUGGUUAUACAGUGAUUUAAAAACUUGCUCCUAAGCAGUGUCUUCAAGGUGCAAAUUCAGCUGAUAAAGUGAGAAGGCAUUCUGUUGAGGAAACCGUUUUCUUCGCUCUUUUGUUUUUGCUUUGUAUGUGUUUGGUACUCGCAAAAGAGAAGGCCCCUUCUGCUCUUCCCACAAGAGUGAGUGGGGCAGCAUUUCCUUCUCCCCGCGCUGCUGAGAUGGCGGAAAUUAGUCGAAUUCAGUAUGAAAUGGAAUACACCGAAGGUAUUAGUCAGCAGAUGAGGGUCCCGGAAAGAUUAAAGGUAGCACCACCAAAUGCUGAUCUGGAGCAAGGAUUCCAAGAAGGAGCUCCGAAUGCUAGCGUCGUUAUGCAGGUUCCAGAGAGGAUCGUUGUGGCAGGAAAUAAUGAAGACAUUCCAUUUUCAAGACCAGCGGAUCUUGACCUUAUACAGUCAACUCCCUUUAAACCUCUGGCACUGAAAACCCCGCCUCGUGUACUAACACUAAGUGAAAGACCGCUAGAUUUUCUGGAUUUAGAAAGGCCUCCUGCAACCCCGCAAAAUGAAGAAAUCCGUGCAGUUGGCAGGCUAAAAAGAGAGCGCUCCAUGAGUGAGAAUGCCGUUCGCCCAAACGGACAGCUGCUCAGAGCUGACUCAAUGUGGCACAGAUCAUAUUCUGCCCCAAGAAAUAAAAUGUCAAGGUUCCAGGCACCGAUUUCUGCACCGGAGUACACUGUGACACCGGCGCCCCAACAGGUCCGGGCCUGUCUUCCCCAAACAUUACCUGAAGGUGGAGCUAAUCUUCCCUCCGCUCGAGGCAUUUUGUCGCUUAUCCAGUCUUCCACUCGUAGGGCUUACCAGCAGAUCUUGGAUGUGCUGGAUGAAAAUCGCAGUGUGAGAAGACAAAAUGAAAUACGUUGUGAAAGACCCGUGUUGCGGGGUGGGUCUGCUGCCGCCACUUCUAAUCCGCAUCAUGACAACGUCAGGCAUGGCAUGUCACAUAUAGAUGCAACAAUUGAAGGAACUUCGGACGACAUGACUGUUGUAGAUGCGGCUUCAUUAAGACGGCAGAUAAUCAAACUAAAUAGACGUCUACAACUUCUAGAAGAGGAGAACAAAGAGCGCGCGAAGAGAGAAAUGGUCAUGUAUUCGAUUACUGUAGCGUUCUGGCUGCUUAACAGCUGGCUCUGGUUUCGCCGCUAGAGGUAACCUCGGCUCUGGAAAAUUCUGUCUCAACAGCUGGAAACAUAAAGAACUUGCAAACUUCUCUGUUUCUGUGUUUGCAUUGUAUGCCGUUUUAUAGUCCGUGCCCUGCCCGUGUAUUUCUUCCAGAAAGGAGGGGGGAAGGGCUGAUAACUUGGGGAAGUAAAGGCCCAUUCUCUCCCUCCACUGUGGUCACUGUCGAGCAGUUCUGCAGUAACACACACACACUUCACAUUCUCCCUUUGCAUGUUUUGUAAAUAGGCUCUAGUUUGUUUUUCUUUAAGGGAAAUGAUUUUUGCCUCAUCAGUCCUCACAAUUAAUUCUCUGAAUGGGAAAGAGAGUGCAUAGUGAGUGGAUUUAGAAAAGUAUCUGUAAAAGAAGACUAGUCCUUUAUUUUGUCCUGUUUCUCAAACGCGAUUGAGUGAAACAGUUCCGUCAAUAGACAUUUUUGCAUCCACACUUCAGCGUUCGCGCUUCCAUAGUCAUGGUCUGGUGUCAGGUUUAAUGAAGUCAAGGCGCCUCAUGUUUUACAGUCACCUUCGUUAAAAUAAUUCCUGACAUUUCCAGCAGUUUAUCUAAUACAUGUGUAAAAUGUGCAUUCUUAUUUUUAUUUUAAUUUUGCAGAUGGUUUUCUAUAAAGUAUGUUUUUACUAAGCCCCGUGUGAAUGAUUUAAAAAACCACAGAAUAAGGUACAAAUGUAGUGUAUUUAAUAAACUGUCAAUGAAAGCAA